AUGACCGUUUGUUCGGAAUGGUAUGAACAAUAUUUUCAAAAGAAACAUUUUCAAUGGUUUUUGAAAGAAUGGCUUUUAGAGAGAUGGAACGUGUUGGUGAGGGAUUUUGAUGAGCUCACGAGUGAUGAUAAGAGUGAAUGGAAAUUUCCAAUGUUUUUGACUAAAUUGGUGGCUGGUCAUGAUGAAGAAUGUUGUGAUAUUUCUAUAUUGAAAUAUGGAUUGCGAUGGUUGAGAUUGUUUCUGGGUGAACAUUUGUUUGGCAGCAUGGGAAAGAACAUUAAUGAAGAACAAGUGAUCCGCAACGCUGAACAACAUGAGAACAAUAAUAAUGUAGCCAUUGUUGAGCCAGUUGAGGAAGAAUAUGAGGAUGAUGAAGAUGAUGAAGAAGAAGAUGAGAAUGAUCAUGAAGAAGUUAAUGAUGAGAAAUGGAUGAUCAAACGAGGAUCACCAAACUCACAUGGCUGCCUCUUGGAAAUGAUUUUUACAAAAAAUUCCAUUCUUUAUGCAUAA